CUCUUUCUUUCUAUAUAUAUAUGUAGUUGAUUUGGUAUCAUGAUCAACACACAAGAGGAGAGAGAGAGAGAGAUUCAAAAAGAUUAAUCAAAGUUUAGCACUUGCUAUGGAUUCCAUCUUCGAACUUGAUGAUGAACCUCGUGCCAACUUUCUCCAAAACAUAGUGCAGUCCUUUGGCUCCAUUUAUAUUUGCCUAUGGUCAUACCUCCCCCAACCUUCAAACUGUUUGAUCUUCAAGGAUGGAUUCUACAAGGAAGAAAGCAUUAACCAAGCCAGCUCCUCUUCUGGAAGUCGUGCUCGGAGGCUUUUUGAUGAAUAUAUACUAUCCGUAUUCACCGUAGAAAAUGACUGCGUUCCGGGGCUUGCUUUCAAGAACAAUAGUCGAUUCAUGGAGCUCAAGGAAUUGGACCUUCAAAGACUAGCAUCUGUUGAAUCACAGCUGCAAUUCUAUCAGGAAGCUAGGAUUAAGAGUGCAAUAUUUAUGGGGUGCAUGACAGGAGAGAUUGAGUUAGGGAUGUCUAAUGAUACUCAAGUUAACUUGCAAAUGGAAAUGAUGAACUGGUUCCCUGAAAAUCUCUCUCAACAAGCACCACCUAGAGAGCUUCAACAUCUAAUUGAUCAUAACCGACCUUCAUCAUCUUCAUCGUCAUUGAGAUCACUAUCCCUAGAUAGCUCUGAGGUCUCACCUUUCCGCCUCAACAUUCCAAGCCCUUCUUAUCUUUCAGAGCCACCUACAGAAGCUCCCACUGAACAAACACUGAGACAAUUAUCAACCUCAAUUAGUCCACUCCACCAAGCCCUACAAGCCUUAAGCCAAAUCCGAAACCCUCUAUUUCCAACACCUGAAACUGAAGAGGAUGCAAUUAGAAAAGCCUUCCUUUCAGUUAUAUCUUCUUCUCCUUCUUCUUCUUCAUCAUCGCUUCAAUCCCAACAAAACAUACCUCCAAAUUUCCAAGUAAGCGAAAAGGCUACUAGUGCAUUUAACAGAUAUAGAUCAGUUUUAGGCCCUUCAACCUCCAUGACAACCAGAUCUCGAAGACAAAGCAUUGCAAAACGAGCAAUCACAUUCUUUAGAUCCUUAGACUUGACGCGAGCCCAAGAACGUGAGCAAGGAAGCCGCCCCACGAGUAGCCAGUUGCACCAUAUGAUAUCUGAGAGAAAAAGGAGAGAGAAACUCAAUGAAAUGUUUGAAGCAUUGAGAUCACUACUUCCUCCUGGAACAAAGAAAGACAAAGCGUCAUUGCUUACUAGCACAACUGCGUUGUUGACAUCUUUGAAAGAUCAAGUUGUGGAGCUAACUAGAAGAAACCAACUUUUGGAGGCACAACUUUUGCCUAGAAAAGAAUCUAGUGAAGAAGUCAGUGUGUUGUCCUCAAACGAAAGGGUACGUGUUGAGGUUACACAUGUGGCUGAAUUAACGUUGGAAGAAGCGCAAAUCAUCGACUUGGAAGUGAUUGUAAGAGGAGAAUGUAACGUGUUGGAUUUGGUGAUGCAAACACUAGAAUUCUUGAAACAAGUUAACAAUGUCAACUUAAUGUCUGUGGAAGCAGAUACCCGGUUGGUAGAAUCAACUUCUCUCAAUCGUGUGACAUUGAGAUUGAAAAUUGAGGGAGGUGAAUGGGACCAGUCUGCCUUUCAAGAAGCUGUGAAAAGGAUUCAUGGUGGCUAAUUACAUAUGCCGCCACUCAUAAUACACACGCAGAGGAGAAAUUUUACACUGGACGCACCACAUCGUAGUCCAUGGUGAUUCACCAUUUUUUACUUAGCAGUGAUAUAUAAACUAAAUUCAUAAUUUUUACACAGGAUGAUGUAAUUCAAUGUAAGUCAUUUCACUUUAGAAUAGAAAACCUAUUAAAAUAGCUUUUAUUUAUAAAUAUCACUGUUACAUUAUUCUUGUUAUAAAUUAUGUAUAAAUAUUCAGA